AUAAAAUUCUAUGUGAAUGUGAUAAGAAAAUGGAAAUUUUUUCUUUUUUCGCGAAUGUGUUAUUAAUUUUUGAGCUGCAAUUUAAUUUUAAGUUGUAAUUGAUUGCAAAUAUUGAAUUCCACAAGACUAGUUUGUAUCAACAACUUGAAUCAUGAAUGCGCUUACUCAAUUCAUUGGGGCUGCUAGUGUUGGUACUUUGGUGUACUUCUACGUUACAAAUAAUGUAUUUCGAUACUACAUAAAACAUACCAUUUUCGCAUUAGCAAUGACCACAGCUGCAACUAUGUGCAUUCCACUAAUGUUACUACGACCGAAAGAUUCCAAAAAUGCGUUGAUACCUGCGUGGUCAUUGAAAACGGUUGGACGAGCAUUAGGUGUCAAAUGUACCGUCGAAGGAAAAGAAAAUAUUGUUCAAGAUUCAGCUAGCGUAGUACUCAUUAACCAUCAAAGCAUCGUCGAUAUGCUAGUUUUAUCAGAAAUAUGGCCUAUUUUUGAUCGAUGUUCGGUUAUUGCUAAAAAAGAGAUUUUCUACAUGUGGCCCUUCGGAUUAGCCACCUGGUUAUGGGGUACUAUUUUCAUUGAUAGACUGAAUGGUGAAAAAGCUAAAGAAACUAUUAAUAAAACAGCGAAAACAAUAAAUGAUCGAAAGGCGAAAUUGUGCAUGUUCCCAGAAGGUACCAGACAUGGUGGAGAUGAAUUAUUACCGUUUAAAAAAGGAGCAUUUCACGUGGCUAUUUCGUCUCAAUGUCCUCUACAACCAAUCGUCGUGUCUCAAUAUUACUUCUUGAAUUCCAAGAAGUGCAUUUUUGAUGGAGGAAACGUUAAUAUCAAGAUUUUGCCCGCUAUUCCUACAAAGGGAUUGAAAAAAGAAAAUAUUGAAACGUUGAUGAGCACUACUUAUAAUCUGAUGAAUCAGCAGUACAAAGAAGUUACCGAAAAAAUGCUGAAAAGUGUUAAAUUUGACAAAUCUGAAUAAUUUUGUGUUUUUACGUACUUUCACUUGACUUUGGAGGCGAACUUUUUAGUUAAUGGUAUUGAGGUUAUUUUUAAUUGUUUAUUUUAACUUGAUUUUAAUCCAGCAUACUCGUAGAUUUUUUACUUGCUCAUGUGAUUUUAACUGUAAACUCUUAUUUGUGUUAUAAAGUAUUUUUAAAUAAUGGAAUGUGUAAUGUCUUAUGAAAUGUAAGGAAGUCCGUUGUUAAUUUUUUAAAUGUACUUAGGAAGUAAAUAUAUUUUGAUUUUAUCAA